AUGGCUUCUUUAAUCAAAGAUAAGUUAAUCCCAAAGGAUUAUUCAGCUUGGUAUUGGAACUUCAUACCACAUGAAAGGAUAGUGGAUGAUUAUCCUGAAAAAUUAGACGAUCAAAGCAUUUAUUCAACUUCAUCUGAAACUGUUGAUAAAUUUGAAUAUAGAGAUGAAGCAAAUAGACCAUGGUGGAAAUUUUUCGAUGAAUAUGAAUAUCGUUUUAAUAAACAAACAAGAUCACAAAAAUCAUGGUGGAGAAUUUAUGAUAAAAAUAUGUCAGCUUCUGAGAAAAAAUUAGUUUUCAAAUUAGAUUUACAAAUUGUUUUAUUUGCAAUAAUGUCAUAUUGGUCAAAGAAUUUAGAUCAAGCAAAUAUAAGUAAUGCUUAUGUUUCAGGUAUGAAAGAGGAUUUAAACAUGCAGGGGAAUGAUUUCUCAAAUGCUCAGGCUUUAUUCACUGCUGGUAAUGUCAUAUUUCAAGUUAUUUGGAUGUAUCUAUUCCCAAGAGUUCCAAUGCAUUUAGCUUUUUUUUCAACUGAUUUAUUAUGGAGUAUAGUUACAAUUUUAAUCUCCACUGUUAAUACACCAUCUCAAUUAAAAGCUUUAAGAUUCUUGGUUGGUGCUUUUGAAAGUGGAUAUUUCAUUCAAAUUCAUUAUCUUUUAGGUUCAUGUGGACAAAUGCUGGGUACUUUGACCUCAGGUCUUGUUCAAGCUUCAGUUUUCCAAAAUUUGAAUGGUGUAAGAGGUAGAGCAGGUUGGAGAUGGAUGUUUUUAGUUGAUGGUUCUGCAACUGCAGUUAUUGCUUUUUUUGCAUUAUAUUUGGUUCCAGGUACUCCAUAUAAAUGUUGUAGCUUAUUUUUAACAGAUGAUGAAAUUAGAUUAGCAAGAUCACGGUUAAUUAAAGCAAAUAUAAAACCACCAUCCAAGACACCACCACCUUUUUUCAAUAAAGCAUUAUGGAAAAAAAUUAUUUUUGAUUGGAGAAUUUAUGUUUUAGCUAUAUUGGAUUAUUUAUUCUGGAAUGCGAUUAAUACAAGUUAUUCCAAUUUUGCAUUAUGGUUAAAGUCAUUGAAAAGAUAUGAUAUCCCCAAAAUUAAUAGAUACACUUCAAUCCCUCCUGCUUUAGGUAUAGUUUGGAUUUUAUCAGUUUGUGGAUCUGCAGAUAUAUUAAAAUCAAGAUAUUUUGCAAUUUUUUGGGCUGAAAUAUUUGUAUUUAUGGGUAAUGUGAUCCUUGCUAAAUGGGAUGUUGCAGAAGGUGCACUUUGGUAUGCAUUUAUGAUUAGUUACUUUGGUAUUUCAGUCUCUUCUGUUAUUUAUGGUUGGUUGAAUGAUAUUACAAGACAUGAUGGUCAAGAACGUUCAAUUAUUUUAUGUAUUGUUAAUAUUUUUGCCAAUCAAUCAACUGCAUGGACAUUACCAAUGGUAUUCAGAACAUCAAGUGCACCAAGAUAUCAUCAAGGUUAUGUAUUUGUUGCAGGACAUUCAGCAGCUUUAAUGAUUUGGUGUUUUGUUACUUUGUUUUUCUAUAAAAGACAAGAGAAAAAAGAUGCAAAGGGUAAUGGUAUUAUAUUGUAUAAUUCUAAAACUGGUGAAAUUCCACCAGAAGUACAAAAACGCUUGAAUGAGAAAUCAGAAGAAGAAAUAAGUGAUGAUCAUCAUUCAUUAAAUAAAAAUGAAGGAAAUGUCGAAGUUAAUUCUAUUCAUACAUAA